GUUUCAAGUGCGUAGUCACCAUUCCAUGCAUGUUGUUGGAAAAGAAUGGCUCUCAAACAGUGGCUGUAUGAGCAAAUGAAUCAAAUGUUAUCUUCAAGUUCUACCUUUUAUCUAUCUCUUCUCUCCUUUAUCAGCUUCCUCUAUGUGUUUAAGCUCUUAAGAAAAACCAAAUCCAAAACAAACCUGAUCAAUUUGCCUCCAUCACCACCAAAACUACCAUUCAUAGGCAAUCUGCAUCAGUUAGGUGAACUGCCACAUCGAUCUCUUCGAGAUCUCUCACUCAGGUAUGGUGACAUCAUGUUGUUGCAGUUGGGGCAGAUGCAUACUCCAACUCUGGUGGUUUCAUCUGUAGAUGUUGCCAUGGAAAUCAUGAAAACACAUGACGUUGCUUUUUCAAACCGACCCCAAAACACUGCUGCAAAAAUCUUAGUGUAUGGUUGUGCCGACAUUCUUUUUUCACCGUAUGGAGAAAGAUGGAGGCAGAAAAGAAAAAUAUGUGUCCUUGAACUUCUGAGCAUGAAAAGGGUUCAAUCAUUUCAUCUCAUCAGAGAAGAAGAAGUUGCCAAAUUGGUGAAUAAGAUACGGGAAGCAUGCUCCAGUGAUCCUUGCUACGUGAAUCUAAGUGAGAUGCUGACAUCAACAUCAAACGAUAUUGUUAGUAAAUGUGUUUUGGGAGGGAAAUACGCGGGAGAUGGUUACAGCAGUGUCAAAGAGUUAUCAAGGAAUGUUAUGGUUCAUCUUGCUGCUUUCACCUGGAGAGAUUAUUUCCCUUUGUUGGGUUGGAUUGAUGUGCUCACUGGAAAAAUUAAGGAAUACAAGGCCACUUCUAGAGCAAUUGAUGCUUUAUUAGAUCAGGCAAUUGAAGAGCAUUUCACAGUGAAGACAGAAGGCGACCACUCCAAAAAGAAAGCCUUGGUCGAUAUCCUUCUCCAACUUCAAGAGAACAGCAUGCGUAAUAACUUUGAGCUCACCAGAAAUGACCUCAAAGCACUGCUAGUGGAUAUGUUUGUUGGAGGAACUGACACUACUGCGGUGACAUUAGAAUGGGCAAUUUCAGAACUUGUGAGGAAUCCAAUGAUAAUGAAGAAAGCAAAGGAAGAAGUGAGAAAAAUUAUAGGGAAUAAAUCAAAUAUAGAAGAAAAUGACAUCAAUCAAAUGCAUUACCUAAAGUGCGUGGUCAAAGAAACUCUAAGGUUACACCCACCAGGUACCCUUCUGGCUCCUCGGGAAACAAUAUCUAGCGUUAAAUUGAAAGGGUACGAUGUUCCUGCAAAAACAAUGGUAUAUAUCAAUGCAUGGGCAAUUCAAAGAGACCCUAAAUUUUGGAAAAGCCCUGAAGAAUUCUUGCCAGAGAGAUUUGAAAACAGUGAGCUUGAUUUUAAAGGUCAAGAUUGUCAGUUUAUUCCAUUUGGUUUUGGAAGAAGAGGAUGUCCUGGAAUAAAUUUUGGAGUCACUUCAAUAGAGUAUGUUCUUGCCAACCUUCUUUAUUGGUUCGAUUGGAAGCUGCCUGAAUCUGAUACACCUAAACAAGACAUAGACAUGAGUGAGAUAUUUGGACUCGCUGUCGCAAAGAAAGUACCACUUCAUCUUAAACCGACACCGUUUUGA